CCUUGUUCUGACUGGUCCUGUGCUCUGGUGUUCCUCCCCAGCCAGACUCCCGCAUCCUUGACCUGGUCCGCCGCUCAGGGUCGCGCGGUUAUGCGCAAGCAGCCGUCGCUGUAUCAAUCCAGGCCGCAGAUCAACCUCGAGCACGACAUCCUCCCGCCUCAUCUUGCGCGAUCGACACAGUCCGCCCUCUUUCACCCCCCAGCCUUGCACGCAUCAUGGCCGACAGCGCGCAAGCACCGGCCAGCCCCAGGAACGAGCCAGGCUACCCAGAAGCAGGCGAAGAUGCCGAGACGCGCGCCGCUCGCCGGGAACUGAAACAGUCGUCCAUAUCCGACUCUCCUGCUGCCGCUGGCCAUCUCGCCUCCGGCACUGUCGACGACGAUGCGGCACGCCCCGAUACCCCGGCCGAUCAUGUAUCCGACAGCGCCGAUGAGCGGCUCAAGGAACAGAUACCCUCUCCGAAGAAGAAGCGCGCGCACGACCAGCUGGACAGAAGCAUAGACGUGGAGCAAAACGACGCCAACAGCGUUACGUCUACGGAAUCAACCAGAGAUCGCGCUUCCCGGCUAGAGCCUGAGAAGAAGAGGCAUCGCGAGGAAGACUCUUCAAGAGUGGUUUCGGUACGUGGUUGCUCCCCAUCCAAUGCCGCCCGCUCACCAUGUCAGGCAAAGAACUCCUCCUCCUCCACCUCGGCGGCGGACACGCAACCUGCCACCGGAGAUGCGGCAGAGUCCACGGCCUCAUCAGCAAAGCCUGUGCCACAGACGUCGUCUGCUGCGUUUUCGGCUUCAGGAUUCGGCAAGCUCGCUACCGGAUCAUCGCCCUUCGCGAGCCUGAGCACGGCUCAGAGCAGCAUCUUCUCUCCUUCAAUUGGCUCCUCGACUCUAUCAUCAACCCCCAGUCUGGGUGCGCCGGCGUCACAGCCUGCUGCAUCUGUCGCCAUGCCAAAGUUGACAUUCGGCAGUGCUAACAGCGCGUCACCGUUCGCCAGCCUCUCUUCGGGAUUCGGCGGCGCCAGUAUGGGCUCUCCAUUUUCCGCUGGUAAAAGCCUGAGUAGCUUCGCCUCGCCUUCGGCCAAGCCUCUUCAAAGUGAAAAGCCCGCAAAACCAUUCGGGGCUCCAGAGAGCGAUGCGGAAGACGAGGAUGAUGAAGACGCCGACCGCGAUGGCGAAUCCGAGUCAGACGAACAGGAGCGAGCCGCUUCACCUGAAAGGGAACCAGAGGAGAAGAAGCGAUUCAAGCUACACAAGGUCGAGGUUGACGAUGGUGAGGCAGGCGAAGCAACUUUGCUCUCCGUCAGAGCGAAGAUGUAUUACCACGACAAAGUCGCCGGCUGGAAGGAACGAGGUGGCGGGAUGCUGAAAAUCAAUGUUCCGCAAGGGUGUAUUGAGUAUGAUGAGACCGGGGCCCCUAUCCUUGGCUCCUUUGAUGCAUCUGCACUUGAAUCUGGCGAUGGGGAUGAUGACAAGGCGCAAGGACACAAGGUUCCUCGUCUGCUCAUGCGCCAAGACCAGACACUGCGCGUGAUUCUCAACACAGCUCUUCUUCCCGCAAUGACCUUUCAGGAGAAGGCAUCGCUCAAGACUGUCUCCAUUUUCUUCACGGCAAUUGAGGGCGAACCGGCGAAGCCUGUCAACGUAACCAUGAAGGUAAGUCUUGGCCAGAUCUGGGCCUGGUCGGCUGAGGACCUUGGAGUUGCGAAGCAUCCCUUUCUCCCAGCCAUGAAUGAAAAUACAGCACCUCUCCCGGCUGGGAACAAGCUGGAAACCCCUCCUUCACGAAAGCGCGUUCAUGAGGAGGAUCCCCCGGAAGGCGGAGACAGCCGGCAAGCUGAAUCAUCGACCGUUUCGGAGAAGAAGCCCAGAACCAGAAAGCGAGAGAGCAGUCAAAAGCAGAACAGCCAGACAGACGGCUCAGACAGUCCUGUGCUGCCUCCUGUUCCGUGGACUGAGGCUCUGCAAGCCCUUGACAGAGCACAUCGAGCCCUGAAUUUGGUCUACACCUUCUGCUCCACGCGGAAACAUGUCUUGACCACAUUGGACACUCUCCGUCCAGCUGUCGAGUCUCACAUCAAAAGGGAGCUGACAGUUGAGGAUGUCGCCCAAAUGGUUGCUCUCCGCCCCGAAGCAUUGAAGUUUGAGUACGUCAAUGAGCUUAUGCUACAACUCAAUGUGCGAGGCGGACAGAGGGACGAUGUCUUCAAGUCGUCAAAGUCUUUCAGGUCCCAAGCUCCAGCGCACGAUGCGUCAGUUGGCGGAUUGACUGGAAAUGAGCGCCUGGACGAUGAUGCCGGCGAUAAGGCUGCCAUGAAUGGGCGCCAGGUUCUUCACCUGGAGUUCAUCGACGGAGACCUGAAGCGGCAAGUGGUGGAUAGAGAAACGGGCGAGGCGACGCGGCCAACUCAAAAGCUCAGGAAAGAGAAGCUGAAAAUGCCGGUAUAUGGCCAAAAGCAGAUGACGCAGCUGAUUGAGCGGCGUAAUCAGAAGUUCACCAACGCUAUCAACAACUUCCUCAGCAAGUGCUUGAGUGACAAUGAAGAUCCGGACAAGGUUCUUCGUGAAAGGGCUCAGGCUUUCAUACCCAAAUUGGCGGCGGAUGAUGAUGUUGCACUCUGCUGCGCGGCCAGUACUAUCCCGGAUGCCAUCCCCCAUGAACGGCAGAGCAUUUCAGAGAUCCUGGAGCAGAUCAAAGAAAGCUCAUGGUACUCCGGCCAGAUUGUGCCCGAUGGUCACCGAGUAUUCGAGCCACAGAGCCCGGCCUAUGGAAGUCUCAAUUUCCUACUGUCCCAGGACCUGGUGAAUGCUUUGUAUAAUGCUAAGCAAAUCACCCAGUUCUACACCCAUCAAGCAGAGGCCUUGAACAGACUGCACGAAGGGCAGAACAUCGUCAUAUCCACCUCGACAAGCUCUGGGAAGUCACUCAUAUACCAAUUGCCAGUGUUACAUGCUCUGGAACAGGAUCCCAACUCAAGGGCCUUGUAUAUCUUCCCCACCAAAGCACUGGCUCAGGACCAGAAGCGCAGCCUUCGCGAUAUUCUGUCCUACAUGCCUGGCCUUGAGCAUGUCUUGGUAGAAACGUUUGAUGGAGAUACCCCCAUGAAUAUCAGAAAUGCCAUUCGAGAAGAAGCCAAAAUCAUCUUCACAAACCCCGACAUGCUUCACCUCACUAUCCUCCCUCAGGAGCAGAGGUGGAGAAGCUUUUUGAAGAAUCUCAAGUUUGUCGUUGUGGAUGAGCUCCAUUACUACAAUGGCCAGCUGGGGUCCCAUGUUGCUUUUAUCAUGAGAAGACUGCGACGCAUCUGCGCUGCAGUGGGAAACCGGCACGUCCAAUUCAUUUCCUGCUCCGCCACGGUAGCCAACCCUGAGGAGCACUUCAAGUUGAUAUUUGGCGUCUCGGAUGUUUCUCUGAUCGAUUACGACGGCUCGCCAUCCGGCAGAAAGGAGUUCCUCUGCUGGAACACGCCAUACAAAGAACCAGGAGAUCCUGCGAGCGGACGUGGCAGCGCCAAGUUUGAGUGUGCUCGUCUAUUUUGCGCUCUGCUGCUCAGGGGCGUCAGGAUCAUUGCUUUCUGCAGGGUUCGGGCACAAUGCGAGGCGUUGACCAACGCGAUCAAGCAGGAGCUGCAUGAACUCGGUCGUCCCGAAUGCACCAACCUCGUCAUGGGCUACAGGGGCGGCUAUACAGCUCGAGACCGCCGGCAAAUCGAAACAGAAAUGUUUCAAGGGAAGUUGCUUGGUAUCGUGGCGACUACGGCACUCGAACUCGGAAUCGAUAUUGGUAGCCUGGAUUGCGUCCUCACAUGGGGCUUCCCUUACACAAUCGCGAAUUUACGGCAGCAGAGUGGCAGAGCAGGGCGGCGAACCAAGGACUCGCUGUCGAUUCUUGUAGGCGACAGCUUUCCGACAGACCAGCAUUACAUGAACAACCCCGAUGAGCUCUUCUCGAAACCAAAUUGUGAGUUGCGCGUGGACUUGGACGAUAUGCUCGUCCGCGAAGGCCACAUUCAAUGUGCAGCAUACGAAAUGCCCAUUCGACAACAGGAGGAUAUGCAGUUUUUUGGCCAGGACCUGCCACAGAUUUGUCGAGAGCGAUUGGUCAAAGACGAGGCGGGAUUCUUUCACUGUCACGACCGCUUUCGCCCAAAUCCAGCUCAAUACAUCGCCAUCCGGGAUGCAGAAGAUGACCACUUUGCCAUCAUCGAUAUCACGAAUGGAAGAAACGAGGUUUUGGAGGAGCUUGAGGCGUCGAGGGCGACGUUUACCAUAUACGACGGUGCCAUAUUCCUCCAUCAGGGCAACACGUACCUUAUCCGCGAUUUUCUCCCAGACCAAAGCAUGGCCAAAGUCGAGCGGGUCAACGUUGAGUGGACCACAAUGUCCCGGGACUACACCGAUAUCGAUCCUGUUGAGAUCGAGGCUAUUCGUAUGAUAUCCGGGUCGUCCUGCCACGCUUACUACGGGGGCAUCAAGAUCCAACAGAAUGUAUUUGGAUUCUUCAAGGUGGACAAGAAGGGGCGAAUCAUCGACGCGGUACAGGUAGACAACCCACCCGUUGUCCGGUACAGCAAGGGCAUGUGGCUAGACAUACCAGGGCAAGUGCUUGAGGUGCUGCAAGAUCUACAGCUGAAUGCGGCGGCAGCGAUACAUGCAGCGGAACAUGUCAUCAUGAGCUUGUUACCCGCGUUUGUCAUCAGUCUCCCAGGAGAUGUACGGACCGAAUGCAAGGUUGCCCUCAAAGAGUUCGCCAAAAAGGAGACAAAGAGGAAGCGGCCGGCUCGACUGACGUUCUAUGACGCCAAGGGAGGUGCAAAUGGUUCCGGCGUUAGCACAAAGGCUUUUGAUCAUAUUGAUCAUCUGCUGGAGCGUGCUCUGAAACGGGUGGAAGAAUGCUGUUGCCAACAAGGUUGUGUUGAGUGCGUGGCUUCUGAAGUAUGCAAAGAAUCCAAUGAGGUUAUAAGCAAGGCAGGGUGCCUUAUUAUUCUCAGGAGCCUUGUAGGGGUUGAUAUCCAGCAAGAGGGUUUUCAGCCAGGUCCUGAAGAGAUAUAUGCAGGUAUAGACACAAUAGCUCCUGCAACAGUAAUCCCUUAUAAAGUAUAA